AUGAGGGAUCCUUCAGCAACUGUGAUAUUGGUGAGCAAUGAAGGCUUCCCCAGUAGGUGUGAUAUUGGAAAGCAAUCAGAGGUUCUCAACAGCUGUGAUAUUGCCAUAUGCUACAGUAACCCAGCAGGACAAUGUCUGAACGAUGGCAAAUGUGUGCGUCCGGACGAGUGUGACUGUCCCAGCGGUACACAGCUGCCUAUGUGUGAAGACAUUGACGAAUGCAAUACCACUAAUGGCGGCUGUACUGAUAGGUGUGUGAACUCGGUGGGGACCUAUCACUGCGAAUGUGACGCCCCUAAGGAUCUGCUGGCGGAUCUGAAAUCUUGUGCAUUUCGUUGCUUUGAUGAGCCGACAGGCACCUGUGCUAAUGGUGGAGUGUGUGUGGACAAUGACGUAUGUGACUGUCCAGAUGGAACAACCAGCCCGCGUUGUGAAGAUAUUGACGAGUGUCAUUCUGCUGAGAACAUCUGUGAACACACCUGUGUUAAUGUGCCUGCAUCAUUCCACUGCACCUGUCUCAAGGGCUACGAGGUCCUGGAGGACUUGCACUCUUGUGCACCUGUGUGCUUUCAUAUGACUCCUGGAACCUGUCUCAAUUCUCAUAAAUGCUCUGCACCUGACGAGUGCAGCUGCUCUGAGGGGUAUGAGCUGCCCAUGUGUGAAGACAAGGACGAAUGCCUGGACACAAAAUCUCACGCCUGUCGUCAGCUGUGUAUUAAUGAGCUGGGAUCAUACAGGUGUGACUGUAAAAUAGGCUAUGUGCUGGCUGCAGACGAGGUCUCGUGUGACGAUGUGGAUGAAUGUGUGGGUGAGCCAGCAAAUGGAAACUGUACAGAGAUAUGUGAAAAUGUCCCAGGAACCUUCAACUGCCUGUGUAACGAUGGCUACCAACUGAUGGCUGAUCAGAUCAGCUGCGAGGCUGUGUGUUUUGCUGAAGAGCCUGGGUUCUGUCCUAAUCAAGGCACCUGUGUCAGUCCAGGUGUCUGUGAGUGUCAGCCAGGAUAUAGUGGGCACAAUUGUUCAGACACAGACGAAUGUGCCAGCAAUAACGGGGGCUGCGAAUUCAGCUGUGUCAAUGAAGUGGGAUCAUUUUUCUGUGACUGUUUUGAUGGCUUUACCCUCAUUGUGGAGGACAACACCUGUGAAGGUUAG